AAGGAAACACACCCGUCAGCCGCGCGCCGAAGAAAAAAACCCCCAGAACAGACAAAGGAGAGGGGAAUGGCGGCGGUGCGGAAGCAGUGUGGGUGUGAAACAGACGGAUGGAUGCGCGGCUCGCCGUGUUCGGAGCAGGGUGAGGUGUAAAGCCCAUUUUAAUGUGGUGGCGCGAGGCACGGUAAAGCUGGUUUAGUCCGUCUGCGAUGGCUCGUGCAGCGGGAUGGAGCAGCAUAAAGAACAGCGCGCCUCUUUCCGUUUUGGUGUUUUGGGUGUUUUUAUAUGCCGGUGGCCUUGCGUCUGCACAGCUCCGCUAUUCCGUUACAGAGGAGCUGGAACGCGGAACUGUCGUUGGAGAUAUCGUGCAGGAUCUGGGGUUGGAUAUUAGAAAGCUGCCCGCCCGUAACAUACGGAUAGUCUAUAACAGCGCGACGCGCUAUUUCGAUGUCAACCCCAAAAAUGGAAAACUGACGGUUAAUGAAAGAAUCGACCGGGAGUCGCUUUGCGAUUUAAGCGCCACCUGCUUUCUGAAUUUGGAGGUCGUGGCUGAAAACCCGUCGGAAGCGUUCAGCGUGGAGGUGCAGAUACUCGAUGCGAAUGACAAUGCGCCGCAGUUCCCCAGGGACGAAUACCAACUGGAAAUAUCAGAAUCCGCUUUGCCGGGGUCGCGCUUUCCCAUCGAGAGCGCGCAGGAUCAGGACCUGGGAUCUAAUUCGGUCCGUUUGUACCGGCUGAGCCCGAACGAGCACUUCGCGCUGGACUCCAACAAACCCUCUCUGAAUAGCCGCAUGAUCGAGCUGGUGCUUAAAAAGUCUCUGGACCGCGAGCAGACGGCUUUCCACCGGAUAAACCUCACUGCCGCAGACGGAGGCUCUCCCGCCAGAACCGGCACCGCCAAAAUAUACAUCCGGGUCCUGGAUUCGAACGACAACGUGCCGGUGUUCGACAGCUCGGUGUACAAGGUGAAACUGUUAGAAAACUCGCCGAAGGACGCGCUGGUGAUCAAGCUGAACGCCACAGACCUGGAUGCGGGGACGAAUGGGGAGGUGGUGUACUCCUUCAGCGGCUACACGCCGGAGCGCGUGCGGCAGGUGUUCAGCAUGGACCCCUCCUCGGGCCAGAUCCGCGUGCACAGCCAGGUGGACUACGAGGAGACCAGCUCGUACGAGCUGUACGUGCAGGCUCUGGACCGGGGCCCGGGGGCCGUGGCGGCCCACUGUAAGGUGGUGGUGGAGGUUCUGGACGAGAACGACAACGUGCCGGAGAUCGUGCUGUCCUCCCUGUCCAGCCCGGUGCGGGAGGACGCGCGGGCCGACACGGUGGUGGCGCUGAUCAGCGUGACGGACCGCGACUCCGGGCCCAACAAGCAGGUGAGCCUGGAGAUCCCCCCCGGCCUGCCCUUCAGGGUCAAGUCCUUCCGCAACUACUACACCCUGGUGACCUCCGCCUUCCUGGACCGCGAGGAGGUCUCCGCCUACAACGUCACGCUCCGUGCCACCGACUCCGGCCGCCCGCCGCUGUCCUCACAGAAGACCAUCCGCGUGGAGGUGGCGGACGUGAACGACAACCCGCCCCGCUUCCAGCAGACGUCCUACACGGUGUACGUGCCGGAGAACAACGCCCCCGGGGCGUGGCUGUGCACCCUGCGCGCCCAGGACGGCGACACCGGGGAGAACGCGCGCGUCACCUACAGCGUGCUGAACGACAACAACCACGGCGUGCCCGUGACGGCGUACGUGUCCGUGAGGCCCGACAGCGGCCAGGCCUACGCCCUGCGCGCCUUCGACUACGAGACUCUGCGGCAGUUCCACUUCCAGGUGAAGGCUCAGGACGGCGGGGUGCCUCCCCUCAGCCGCGUGGCCACCGUGUACCUGUACGUCACCGACCAGAACGACCACGCCCCUGAGGUGUGGGCCCCGCCCCCCAACGGCUCGCGCACCGAGACGCUGCCGCGGCAGGCGGAGGCGGGGCAUCUGGUCGCCAAGGUGAUGGCGUACGACGCGGACGCCGGGCGCAACGCGUGGUUGGUCUUCGCGCUAGGCCACGCCUCCGACCUGUUCAAGGUGCACGAGCACACGGGCGAGGUGCGCACCACCCGGCGCAUUGACGACAACUCCUCCUCCUUCAGCCUGACCGUGCUGGUGAGUGACAGCGGGGCCCCGCCCCUCUCCGCCACCGCCACGCUCAGCAUCGCCCUGACCGAGGCCCCGCCCAAGCCGCCGGCCGACCCGCGGAGGGUGGUGCGCCCCCCGCUGCUCUUCUCCAACGUCACGCUGUACCUCAUGGUGGCUCUCUGUGCCACCACCUUCGUCUUCCUCCUCACCGUCAUGGUGCUGGCCGUGGUGCGCUGCCACACCUAUUGUUCCCACGCGCAGUCCUGCUGCCCCUGCUGCGUGUCCCGCAAGGCGGGGCCCCCGGGGGCCGGGGCCGGGGCCACCCCGCAGGCUGGCGGCGGUGUGGUGAUGAGGCGGGAUCUGAAGGUGGAGCCGCACUACAUCGAGGUGCGGGGAAACGGCUCCCUCACCAAGACCUACUGCUACAAGACCUGCCUGACCGCCACGUCCGGCAGCGACACCUUCAUGUUCUACAACACGGGCUGCCCGCCGGGGGCCACCAUGGGCUCCGACCGCUUCUUCACCGGCUCCAGCGGCCAGAUGUUCGUACGGAGACUCAGCAUGCCCGACGCCGCUAUCCAGGUGUGUGUGUGUCCGAAGGCUCCUAAUGCAGACUGGAGGUACUCUGCCUCUCUGCGAGCAGGAAUGCAGAGCUCGGUGCAUAUGGAGGAGUCCUCAGUGAUGCAGGGUGCUCAGGGUGUCCUGGUGCAGAACUGGCCCACCGUGUCCAGUGCCACAGCAGACGAGGGCGGGGAGGUGUCGCCCCCUGCAGGCGCGGGGAUGAACAGCUGGAACUUCCGCUACGGGCCGGGCCCUGGGUACCCCCCACAGGCGCUGAAGCCGGGAGACGUGCCCGAAGCCUUCAUCAUCCCCGGCUCGCCCGCCAUCAUCUCCAUCCGGCAGGACCAGGGCGGCCCGGACGACAAGAGCGACUUCAUCACCUUCGGCAAGAAGGAGGAGAAGAAGAAGAAGAAAAAGAAGAAGGGAAAGGAGAAAAAGGAGAAGGAGAGGGACGGGGAGGAGGAGUAACACAUGCCUGCUCCCCCACACUGCUCUCCCCCUCCACACCACCGGGGGAGCCAGAGCUCCACAACACCAACAUCACCAUCAAGCACACGCACGUCCACAUAUACUCUCAUUACAUUCUCUCUCUCUCACACACACUCUCUCUCCUCCUCUUUCUCUCACUCACACACUCACAUACACACACACACACUCUCCUCCUCUUUCUCUCACUCACACACACACACACACACUCUCUCUCCUCCUCUUUCUCUCACUCACACACUCACAUACACACACACACACACACACACUUACACCCUCACCACCCAAAUCCAGUCAGACACGUGGUUCUGAAGAACCUGUAUACAAAACACCGAUUCUGAGUUUUAAAGAAAACUCUAACUCAAAAUUGAACACAAUUUACCAUAUGCAGGAAAUGGACUCUCUCUCUGUCUUACACACACACAGGUAAAGACAGGGUGGGCCCUGGUUACGGGGUGUGUAACUCACCUGUAUGGGCCUGUAUGUAAAGUGUAACAUGCCUGGAAUGAUGCUGCUUCUUGUCUUUUUAUUUACGUUCACCCUCAGUCUCUCGCUUUUGUUCUGGAUAUUUGAUAGUUGUGUGUAGUACCCCCUCCCACCUUCAGGUGGUAGUACAGAGCGAGUCACCUCUUCCUCUCUCUCUCCCCCGGGAGGGGCCGGGCAGGUACAGGGCUGGGUGUUCUGGUCUAAUCAUGGCAGCUGUGCUGAGGAGCGUAUGAUCGUGCGCCCCCUCCUGGCAGGGGCUCAGGACGGGACCAGGCUGGAGAGAGCAGUGAAUGCUGGGAUGUGUGUUAGAGGAGAGGAGAGGAGAGGAGGAUCUGCCCACUCCCAAAAUGGCUGAAGCAGUCCUGCUCACUCAGAGAACGGUCAUCUAAACUGGUAUCUAUAUGGGAGAUAUCACUUUACUCCUCACAUAACCUGGAUGCUCUGGAUGAGUCUCUGGCGUGAUUGUAAUGUACUGUAGUCACUGUUGGUGUAAAUAGAGAGAGAAAGAGGUGGACGGAUAGGAGGAGAGGAGAGAGAGGAAGGCUCAUUUCAAUCGCUUAUUUGAUAUGUCCUUAUGUCCUUGGUCUUUGCCUAACCCAGAAAUCGAUCAAGGUCCACCAUCUUUAGGGACAUUCCAGCCCAUUAAAGGCUACUUGAAGAACCUAGGAGGCUCCCAAAGAAUUCUUGACGAAGGAAAUGAGUACAUGCUUCGUGGAAGUAUUUUUUGGAUCAUGUGACAUAGAAAUGAUUGACCUGUGGAUCCAUCUCCCCCAUCUGCCACGUCUGUAACUGACCUGUAGAUCCACCUCUCCCCAUCUGUAACUGACCUGUGGAUCCACCUUUCCCCAUCUGCCACAUCUGUAACUGACCUGUGGAUCCACCUCUCCCCAUCUGUAACUGACCUGUGGAUCCACCUCUCCCCAUCUGCCACGUCUGUAACUGACCUGUGGAUCCACCUCUCCCCAUCUGUAACUGACCUGUAGAUCCACCUCUCCCCAUCUGUAACUGACCUGUGGAUCCACCUCUCCCUAUCUGCCAUGUCUGUAACUGACCUGUGGAUCCACCUCUCCCCAUCUGCCAUGUCUGUAACUGACCUGUGGAUCCACCUCUCCCCAUCUGCCACAUCUGUAACUGACCUGUAGAUCCACCUCUCCUCAUCUGCCAUGUCUGUAACUGACCUGUGGAUCCACCUCUCCCUAUCUGCCAUGUCUGUAACUGACCUGUGGAUCCACCUCUCCCCAUCUGCCAUGUCUGUAACUGACCUGUGGAUCCACCUCUCCCCAUCUGCCACAUCUGUAACUGACCUGUAGAUCCACCUCUCCUCAUCUGCCAUGUCUGUAACUGACCUGUGGAUCCACCUCUCCCCAUCUGCCACAUCUGUAACUGACCUGUGGAUCCACCUCUCCUCAUCUGCCAUGUCUGUAACUGACCAGUGGAUCCACCUCUCCACAUCUGUAACUGACGUGGCUUCAAACUGAUGCAUGACUGUAGGAGGAUGUUCCAUUUGCCAAAUAAACAUUUCCUUAAUUCCAUUGUCCUAAAGGCCUCCAAGCUAAGGAGUGAGGAAAGCAGGUGGGGAGCAGGU